CUCCUCCUGAACAAAAUGGCUGUCUGUCCGAAACAAGAGUAACGUUAACGCUUUAAAGAGCAGCCAGAGGGAAAGCUCAGCUCUUACUCCGACACCGGACCUGGCUUUUUCUCUCCGUGUCAAGGAAGCUCUGCGCUGUCGCCAUGGACACGACGGGAUCUCUGAAGAUGACCGCUAUGGCUGUCCAGAGUAUCUUCAGCCAUGUGGAGGAAGAGAACCUGCCGGCAGUGCGAGCCUACCUGGACAAGUACCGGGAGGUGGACAGCAGGAGUGAUAAUGGACAGACUCCUCUGAUGGUGGCGGCUGAACAGGGCAGUCUUGAGAUUGUACAAGAACUCAUCAGGAGAGGAGCCAAUGUUAACCUGGAUGAUGUGGACUGCUGGACUGCGCUGAUUUCUGCUGCCAAGGAGGGUCAUGUUGAAGUGGUGAAGGAGCUCUUGGACAACAAUGCAAACGUGGAGCAUAGAGACAUGGGUGGUUGGACCGCUCUUAUGUGGGCAGCCUAUAAGGGUCGUGUGGAAGUGGCCCGUCUGCUGUUGGAGAAAGGAGCGAACCCCAACAUCACUGGACAAUACAGUGUAUACCCCAUCAUUUGGGCAGCUGGCAGAGGCCAUUCAGAGAUUGUCCGGCUGCUGCUACAACACGGUGCUAAAGUCAACUGCUCUGACAAGUAUGGCACUACAGCGCUAAUCUGGGCAGCCAGGAAAGGUCAUUAUGAAUGCGUGAUGCACCUGCUGGAGAACGGCGCUAAUGUGGACCAGGAAGGGGCGAACUCAAUGACCGCUCUAAUCGUGGCGGUUCGUGGUGGAUACACUGAGGUGGUGAAGGAGUUGCUUAAGAGAAACCCCAACGUCAACAUGACGGACAAAGAUGGCAACACAGCACUGAUGAUCGCUGCCAUUGAGGGCCACACUGAGAUAGUGCAGGACCUGCUGGACGCAGACACAUAUGUCAACAUUCCUGACCGGAGUGGAGACACUGUUCUAAUUGCAGCAGUGAGAGGAGGCCACGUGGAGAUUGUUCGAGCUUUGCUGCAUAAGUAUGCUGAUAUUGAUGUCAAGGGCCAGGAUUGCAAGAGUGCCCUCUACUGGGCUGUAGAAAAAGGCAAUGCCACCAUGGUACGAGACAUCCUUCAGUGUAACCCAGAUACAGAGGCCUGCACUAAGGAGGGGGAGACUCCACUUAUUAAAGCCACCAAGAUGAGGAACAUUGAGAUCGUUGAGCUUCUUCUUGACAAAGGAGCGAAGGUGUCUGCUGUGGAUAAGAAAGGAGACACAGCCCUGCACAUUGCCAUCAAGGGCCGCAGCAGGAAGCUGGCGGAACUGCUUUUGAGGAACCCUAAAGAUGGUCGCCUGCUCUACAAGCCCAACAAAGAGGGCGAGACACCUUACAACAUCGACUGCACACACCAGAAGAGCAUCCUCACCCAGAUCUUUGGAGCCAAGCACCUGUCCCCCACUGAGUGUGAUGGUGACAUGCUGGGCUACGACCUGUACAGCAGUGCGCUGGCAGACAUUCUGAGUGAGCCCACCAUGCAGCCGCCCAUCUGUGUUGGCCUGUACGCCCAGUGGGGCAGUGGCAAGUCUUUUCUCCUCAAGAAACUGGAGGAUGAGAUGAAGACGUUUGCCGGCCAGCAGGUGGAGCCAUUGCUGCAGUUUUCCUGGUUGGUGGUGGUGCUGACCCUGCUGCUCUGCGGCUCUCUGGCUCUUCUCCUGGGCUUUACCGUUGACCCCAAGUUGGCCAUUGCUGUGGCUCUCAGCCUGCUUGCUCUCCUCUACAUCUUUUUUGUGCUGGUGUACUUUGGCGGUCGAAAAGAAGGUGAGAGCUGGGCGUGGCUCAUCAGCACCCGGCUGGCCCGUCACAUCGGCUACCUAGAACUGCUGCUCAAACUGAUGUUCGUAAACCCACCGGAGCUCCCUGAGCAGACCACCAAAGCCCUCCCCGUCAGGUUUCUGUUCACAGACUAUAACCGCCUGUCAAGUGUGGGAGGGGAGACCUCCAUGGCUGAGAUGAUUGCCACACUGUCAGAUGCAUGUGAAAGAGAGUUUGGCUUCAUGGCCACCAGACUCUUCAGAGUCUUUAAAAAUGAUGAGUCACAAGGAAAAAAGUGGAAGAAGACAUGCUGUGUACCAUCCUUCGUGCUUUUCGCGCUGACACUGGCGUGUCUGGUGACCGGCAUGGCCUUGCUGGCUAUCUUCAAGGUAGAGCCCGCUAAUUUUACAGUGAACGCAGUGCUGGUGGCCAUGGCCAGUGUGGUGGGUCUGGCUCUUCUGCUGAACUGCAGGACCUGGUGGCAAGUUGCUGAUUCAGUGCUACACUCACAGAGGAGGAGACUGCACAGUGCUGCCAACAGCAUGCACAAGCUCAAGAGUGAAGGUUUCAUGAAGGUUCUAAAGUGUGAGGUGGAACUCAUGGCUAAAAUGGCAAAAACCAUUGAUGGCUUCACACAGAAUCAGACUCGCCUGGUCGUCAUCAUUGACGGCCUGGAUUCCUGUGAGCAAGACAAAGUGCUGCAGAUGCUGGAUACGGUUAGGGUGCUUUUCUCUAAGGGCCCUUUCAUCUCCAUCUUUGCCAGCGACCCUCACAUCAUCAUCAAAGCCAUUAACCAGAACCUGAACAGUGUGCUGCGUGACUCCAACAUCAACGGCCACGACUACAUGCGCAACAUUGUGCACUUGCCCGUCUUCCUGAACAGCCGCGGCCUCAGCACAGCCAAGAAGCUCAGCAUGGCAGCGCCCACCAACGGAGACCUGCUUGGCGCUGAGGCGUGGCAUGAGGACAUGGACAGAAAGUUUCAAUCUCAGAACAGUCUAGGAGAGCAGGCGAAGCAGGGCAGCAAGACUGCACUGAACCGCAGGGACACGUACCGGAGGCGUCAGAUGCAGCGCACAGUCACGCGUCAGAUGUCCUUUGACCUGACCAAGCUGCUGGUCACCGAGGACUGGUUCAGUGAUAUCAGCCCUCAGACCAUGAGGAGACUGCUCAACAUUGUAUCAGUCACAGGUCGGCUCCUCCGAGCCAAUCAGAUUAUCUUUAACUGGGACCGGUUGGCAUCAUGGAUCAACCUGACAGAGGAGUGGCCCUAUCGGACUUCUUGGCUCAUCCUCUUCCUUGAGGAGAAUGAUAUCGUCUCGGACCAGGUCACGCUUAAGACCAUCUAUGAGAGGAUUUCCAAAAACAUUCCCACCACCAAAGAUGUGGAGCCACUGCUGGAGAUUGACGGAGACAUCCGCAGUUUUGAGGUGUUCCUGUCCUCUCGAACUCCUGUGCUCACAGCUCACGAUGUAGAGAUGUUUCUGCCGUGCACCGUCAACUUGGACCCCAAACUUCGUGAGAUCAUUGCAGACGUGCGUGAUGCCCGUGAGCAGAUGCACAUCGGAGGAGUAAGCUAUCCCACGCUCCCUUUGCAGGAGGCUCCGGUGCGGACACACUCAGUGUUUGGUCAGGCCCCUGCAGCAUGCUCUCCCUCCACCUCCUUCCCCACACAGCCCCACAGCAGCUACUUCAGCGGCCUCACUGGCCCACAGCACCCCUUCUACAAUCGGCCAUAUUUCCCUCAACAUGUUUAUCACCUGCCCCGACAAUACCCCGGCAACCCCCUCCAUGCCCCCUCCCGCCCACCCUCCAAACUGGCCUUCCAUAAGGACCUCAGCUCUGGACUAACAAAGUCUCAGCCCCCCAGUGUAAAGCAGGGCUCUGGUCCUGCAGUACCUCCUGGGCUCCUCAGUUCUCUCAGCACUGAGGGCGUGUGCGAGAGACUCAGGCAGAUCGACGGACUGGAUGACAGAAUGAUGGAGCAAUACACCAGCACUGUCAAAAAGGCAAACAUCAAUGGCAGAGUCUUGUGCCAGUGUAACCUGGAUGAGCUGAGGAAGGAGAUGAACAUGAACUUUGGAGACUGGCAUCUCUUCAAGGCAAUGGUGCUGGAGCAGAGGCAGGUGGAGAGCCAGCUGCUGCAAGAGCAGUGUGGAGGUGGCAGUGAGCAGGGCAGCAGUGUUUUGGCCCAACCUGAUCCCCCCUCCUGUCCUGCUGCAGCCCCCAACGACAGCACCCUGCACUACAGCCUUAAUCUCAGCUUUGAGGAGCUCAGCACAGCCGGUCUGGAGGAACCUGUCAGGCAACCCAGCAACCACUGGACGGGUGCAAGUCACAGGACUUCUAGCAUGUCUAGCCUGAAUUCUCAGGAGUCCUCCAACGACAUCAGCAAGCUGACGGACCGACAGCAAGCCGAAUACCGCAACGCCUACCAGGACUACAUUUCCCACAUGGCUCACCUGGAAGGCCAGACCAUGCUGGGUUCUGAAGACAAGGCCAAGGAUGGUGAGCAGGAAGUCCGCAAGCCAUUUAAAAGAAAUCUCAAACCCGCAGACAGCAUGGCAGACUACGCCAAUGCCCAGGAUGCCAGCCUGCUCCAUCCCAUCACUGAAGAAGACGAAAAACCAGAGCAUGGAGCCGCUCGCAAAGCUUCUGUAAGCCGGGGCCGUUACCACAACGUGUCCAGCCAAGAAGAAGAGGAGGACGAGGAGUCCGGCACCGAGGAGACGGACGCCACCCCUCUGCUCUGGGAAGAGCAGCGGGCAGCUGGAGAGCAGCCGCUCCUGCCCAAAGCCGUGAAGAGCUUCAUCUCAGCAGUCACAUUUGACAAGAAAGAAUCUUCGGACUCAGGCAUGAGGUCCAGUGGCAGCUCUUCGGACCGCUCCUUACAAGACGAAGAAGAAGAGGAGGAGGUAAACUCGCAGGUGAGAGCUGUGGGUGAGGAGGAGGAGCGUCUGAUCCAGCUGGUGCUGGAGAGCCCAGUGCGGAAGCGCCUGAGUGGUAUUCAAGACCCUACCGUCGCCCGCAUGUCCAUCUGCUCAGAGGCUCCGUCUGAGGGCAGCCCGCCAGCCAGCAGCCCUGAGGAGAACUGGCCAGCUUCAGCCGUCACCAACCUGAACCGGCCUACCAGCAACUUGCCUCUGAACAACAACAAUGGCAAUGAGGAGGGCCAAAAUGACAGCACACCACUCAUCAUUGGGCCGGGCACUGCUAUAGUGCCUAACCAGAACUUAAUCGGGGGCCGCCUGUGUAGAACGAUGUCUUCUGGACGGGACGCCGAAGGCGGUGAAGAACGGGAGAGCGUGCUGUGAAGAGCCACCAUGGUCUACAGCAGCGGUCACCAGCCUUUGUUCUGGAGAACUAAAUUCCUAAAGAAGGUUCCAGCUUUUUUCAACCAAGCUAACUUAAAUUACAUCCAACUACUUAAGAGCUCUGCCUUCACACUCAGUGUGUUUCCACCCUACAUUAAAAGUGUCCAUUCAAAGCUGAAACUAUUGUUACUGAUUGCCACACAGAAAAGCCAGUGCAGCUAUCAGUCUUGAUGUUAUGUAGUGAUACCUGAAAUUGACUGUACACCAGCCAUUAUGGAAUAUGAAAUCUGUUGGCAAGAACAUGGAUAAAGUGAGAACUGCAUCAGACGGCUCACUGUCAAAACAUUUCUUCAAAGUAAUAAGUGACCACAUACAAAGUCAUCUCAUUAACCUGAAGCUUUUAGAGUCUUCUGAAAUAGAAAGAACGUAUUUACUUGUAGCAGUUUUAGGUGCUAGAAACAUGCAGUAAGAAGUGAAGUGAGACUGUAACUGUUUUAGAGGUCGUGCUGUGAAACUUGUUGUGGUCCGUUAAGUGUUUUGGAGUUCUUAAUUAACGGUAGGUUAGUGUGCUGUAACGUGUAUUGGCGGAUCAUUAGUGGACUAAUAUCACAGUGUGAAUGGUGACUUAGAUAUUGUGAUCACUGUACGGAAGGCGAAUGCUUUCCACAUAACUAUUUAUUAAUUGUUUGUGCAGAUCAGUGUUGCAUCCGGCAUAUAAAAAAAGCUUCUGUCAGACCCUGCAUGCUCUGUAAGAGUGAUAAGUUAUUUCCUCAAAAUGCAUGGCCAUGUUUAAGGAAGUAAUAAACAUGUCUACAUUGCAAACCGUG